AAAAACUAAAAUACCAAAAGGUCAGUCAAAGCGUCCAAAGUUACCAGGCCAGUAGUGGGCCUAUUCUGGUUGACGGAUCCCAGCAUUUCCUACCCGUGGCACUUUUUUUUAUCUCUCAUUUUGCCGCUGUUCGCUGAAUCGUCGUCGCCCGAGGCUGCUGCCAGGCUUUGACGAAUCCAGAUCAGGCAGGUUUCUUCUGACUCAGACAUUCUAAGGUUUUAGAAAGAGGUGAUGACGGCAGCAGAUGCGGGAUCAAUGAGAGGCAGUGAAGCGACGUCUCCGUCGAAUUUGCUUCUCAACAACCUCCCUCUCAUCACGGCCUUCCUCGCCUUCGCCAUCGCUCAGUUCCUUAAACUCUUCACUAAUUGGUUUAAAGAAAGGAGAUGGGAUUCUAAGAGGAUGAUUGAUUCAGGUGGUAUGCCAUCAUCACACUCUGCAACUGUGACAGCUCUUGCAGUUGCUAUAGGUCUACAGGAUGGGACAGGAGGACCAGCUUUUGCAAUUGCAGUUGUCUUGGCAUGUGUUGUGAUGUAUGAUGCCUCAGGUGUCCGACUUCAUGCCAGUCGUCAAGCUGAAUUGCUGAAUCAAAUUGUAUGUUGUUGCUGGUGCUUUAUUGGGAUUCAUAGUGGCUUUUCUGAUGCGAAAUUCUGGUUAGGAUGUUACGUAAACAACAUUGAUUCUUUAUCCUUCAGUAACGGGAUGGAGUAUAUAUCAAUCUCGGCAAGGAGGGGAAGAAAGAGCUGGUGUCAAAACUUAAAAGUUUCUAUUGUAGAAACCUUGUAAAGUGAUUAGAGGAUAAAUAUGAACUGAUUUUUGUUUACUAUGGACUUCAAUUAUAUACUAUUGCUUUGCCAAUUCUUAGGACAAAUAUAGUUAUGAAUAUCCUUCCUGAAUUCUUUUUCACAUUAACUUGUUUAUACUGAGUUGUUUGCGCCUGAUAUGCCUUCUAUGAAAAUUGCUAAAAAUUUGCCCU